AUGGCCACUGCCGCCCAGAAGAAGCCCAAGGAAUGUCUCUCGGAAGGGUUCGAGGUACAGUGCUUCGAGGCACGGGCCGAGCUUGGCGGCCAGUGGGCACAACAGCCGGACGUGCCCCUGGACGGGCCCGAGGGUGCGAGUGCCGCUGCGCCUGUGCAAUCUAGCAUGUAUGAUGGCGUUGUGCUCAACUCGUGCCGUGACACGUCGGCCCUGCCAGAUUUUCCCAUCGACCCGGCCCGGUAUGGGGAUUACUACGGCCACAGGCUGCAGCUGAGGUACAUGCACGAGUACGCAGACCACUUUGGUCUCGUGGAGCACGUGCAGCUCAACACGAGGGUCCUCGCGUGCGAGCCCCGCCAGGACGGGAGCUGGAGCGUGCGUGUGCAGCAGCAGGGUCGCGGCCGAGAAGAGGCACCACAGGACUUGAUCUUUGAUGCGGUGUUUGUGUGUGCGGGCCACCUGUCCAGCCCGUCUGUACCUCCGUUCGAGGGCGUGGAGUCAUUCAAGGGUCAGCUUCUGCAUAGCCACUACUACCGCCGCCCGGGGCCGUUGGAGCGAAAGAAGGUGGCUAUCAUUGGGUUCGGGAGUUCUGCGGUGGACAUCGCGUGUGAGCUGGCACCAGGUGCAGACGAGGUUCACGUCAUCAGCCGUCGAGGAGCAUGGGUGCUCCCAAGAUAUGUACUCGGCAAGCCGACUGAGGCUUGGGACAAUCGCGCCACGCAGGUGUGGUUGCCCGUGAGCACAGCCCAGUGGCUGCAGACUAAGCUGUUGCAAUUCCUGGAAGGCGAACCUCCCAAGGUGAUGCAGCCAAAGCACAAACUACUCGAGCAGAGUCCUACAAUCAGGAGUGACUUUGUCGAAAAAGUCCGGACCGGGGCUAUUGUGAUCCACCGGGGAGGCGUCAGGCGGCUUACGCAGGACGGUAUCAUAAUCUCUGCUAGUGAGGACGACAACGCCGAGGGAAAUCAGAAAGAGGAAGAGGAGGAGCUGAAGGUGGACGUGAUCAUGGCCUGCACCGGAUACAAACAAUCCGACUACCCCUUCCUGCCUCACGACGUGGUCCGAGGCCCCGAGACACCCUCCAAGCACGUGGACCUGUACAAACUGAUCAUGUCACCACGGUACCCAAACCUCUUCAUGAUCGGUCAUGCCGAGCUCGUAGGCCCGGCAGCACCAGUGUUCGAUGCUCAGACGAGAUGGGCAUGCGCCGUCUUGUCCGGCCGUAUUCAGCUUCCGCCACAGGCGCAGAUGCGCGCAGAGAUCAGCAGCCUCCACGCGUGGCAGGACAAGCACUUUGUAGGGUCCGAGAGGCACGCUCUGGCCUUGUACAACAUACAAUAUGCAGAUGAGCUGCUGGCGCCGCUGGGGGCAAACCCCACGUUCGGGAGAUGUCUGAGCAGGGUGUUCACGAGCGGCCAUCCGUGGCGGGCUCUCAAGGUGCUGAAUGCUGUCUGGUUUGGGAUUCCGAGCGCGGCGCAGUGGAGGCUGUUUGGAUACGGCGCCAAGGAAGAGCUGGCGGUGGAGACUGUGCUCAGGAUCGCGGCGGGAAGAGACCAGUUGAGCCAAGGGGAGGUCCGCAUGUUGAACCUCAAAUAA